CAGAGUCGCAUCACCCAACGCGAUGAGGAGCUGAAGCAUUCCGCAUCAGAAUAUCUGAGUGAUAACACUUCAUUGACCGUUCCCGCCACAGAAAUGGGCUAAAUGUUUUUAUCCAAAUGACAAAAGAGUUUGAUUACAGUAGCCUGUUCCCUAUUGAAUCAUGUACCGGAAAGUUCUGCUGUGCUGUUGCUUGUGUGUAGGAAGCUCGCACAUUGUGGUAGCUCAAAACACUGUUGGCAUGGAUCACUCUCCUAACAGCAGCGCACCAUCCUUUUGGUAUCAAGAUUUGUUGUUAAAUGGAGUGACUAAUAAGUGUUAUCAGACUUGGAUUUUGUCCAUACUCGCGUCCUGUGUGGUGGGUUUGACUGGCAUAAUACCUCUGAUUUUUGUUCCUAUUGAGAGUGAGUCUAAACUAAAUCAGCAAGGAGGAAGUAAAUUUCUGAGGUUGCUUCUGAGUUUUGCUGUCGGUGGCCUAUUGGGCGAUGUGUUCCUUCAUUUACUUCCUGAAGCCUGGAACCACAUCGAAAGCCUUGGUCCCGAGAUGCAUUCCAAGCACCUGACACUAGGAUUGUGGGUGCUGCUUGGCAUGUUUUCUUUUGUCAUUCUAGAAAUCAUGUUUGCGGCCUCACAGGAAAAAAAGGAAGUACCAGAAAAUAACAACACCCAAAGCAUCGAAAAAUGCUUUCAGAAUGGAAAAGAAGCGAGUAGCUCAAAAUUCCUCUGCAAUGGGAAUUCACCUUACCAUGAGACACAUUCGAAUUCACACCAAAAGAAUGGUAUCAUAAACCACUCAACCAACAAACCGUAUGUCCUAAAAGAACUCAAAGUUCUACCGACGAUUCAUAUAACAGGAUAUCUGAAUCUGAUGGCCAACAGCAUCGACAAUUUCACUCACGGAUUGGCUGUUGCCGGAAGUUUCUUAGUAGGAAUAAAAAUGGGUAUGCUGACAACAUUCGCAAUCCUCAUCCACGAGAUUCCUCACGAGAUCGGCGACUUUGCCAUUCUUUUGAAGUCUGGAUUCAAUCCAUGGAAUGCUGCCAAAGCACAAAUAUCGACAGCUACUAUCGGAAUACUUGGAGCUGUAGUUGCCUUAUCGUCCGAUUCAGCUGAUAAACUGGGAUCUUGUACUUCAUGGAUAUUGCCUUUUACAUCAGGAGGUUUCCUCAACAUAGCUUUAGUCAAUGUGCUUCCUGAUCUUUUAAAAGAAAAGGAUCCAUGGGAAUCCAUGAAACAGAUGCUCUGUCUGUGUGGUGGCAUUGGAGUGAUGGCUCUAGUGAAUGUAUUUUCUCACUAAUGAAGCUGCCAGUUUUCUGUGACAUGCUUUCCUUCAAAGCAUAAUUACAAAAUUUCUUUGAAAUAGCUAUUUUUAGCAAUUGCAUUUAUAAUUUGAAUUGUUUAAACUGCAUGACUUCAAUAACAAGAGUUUAAAAAAAUAUCCAAUACAAAUUAUGUAUUUUUAGCCUUUUCAACUAAUUAUUGAAUGAGACAUCUUAUGUGUAUUUAAAUAUUAUUCAAAAUCAAAUGUUCAUAAGGAAAUUUUAAUAUAUUUUAUUGCAGUUUAAAUGCAUUUAAGUAACUCUUACUAAACUUAAAAUAUUACAAUUUUAUGUGUUGAACCAUGUAAAUGGUAUUGUUAUUUUUUUGUAUUGUUUAUGAAUAAUGUAUGCUUAUUUAUUUUGCUUAUACUCAGAGCUGGGCAGCUAGAAAACUUGAUGCUAAUAAUUCAUUUAGUUAGUAAAAUAUAUAAAAUGCAUUUAUUUUUGAAUUUGUAAAUAGCACAUUAUUGAUAUUUUUUAUGUACAUUGCAGAUUAACAAAAAUUUUGAAUCUAUUUUAUUUCAUUCAUUUGUAAUUGCUAAAUUUAUUUUAUUGAGUUUUUAAAACAUUUCAUAUAAUACAUUUAAUAUAAAAGUUUUAUAUAAAGUAGUACUUUCAAGAAUUUUUUUUACUAUGUAUUACAGAAUGUCAUAGUCAAAAAAAUUAUCUUGUUUGCAUUGAAAAUGAAUGAAAUUCUCUAUAAUUUAACUGAUGUCCAAUUAUUAUUAUUAAUUUUUCAUGUGAAGAUGAAAUAAAGGAAUAAUACAUUCUGUGAAAAAGUAGCAGCUUCUUUGAAUCUGUUGUUAAUGUAUUUUUUUUAUUCGAAAAGAAAAUUUUGCUAUAGAAUUACUUUAAGGAAAGAAUUAUUGUGAUUAUAAGCAGAAGUGAAAUGUGACACAAAGAAACGAUGAAAAGCUGGUCUUUCGAAUCUAAAAAAUGUUGGGUAAUUAACUGACAGAUGUAUUGUAUUUUUCAAAAUUAUUUUGCAAAAAAAAUAUAUAUUGUAGAAUGAAAAAUAAAUUUUGUCCUGAGACAAUAUGGAAUCGUUAAUUUUAUUGUAUCAUAUUGUUUCUGAAAUGUAAAAACCUUUUUGAAAUUACUUGUAUAAUUCAAAUAUUACGAGAGUUGAAAUUAUUUUGUUGUAUGUACAUAAAAUAUUGAAUGUAAAUUAUUGAUGUAAAUCUUAAAAUACUAUUUUAAAACUAAUAUAAAAAUGUUAAACUAUAAUUUUUUCAGGGAUAUCAAUUCUUCUAUGUUAUUUAUAAUAUUCUAUUUAAAAAAAAGGAGAAAAAAAAGCAUUAUUCUAGUCAUAAUUAGUCCACACACACGUCUUGGCAAAAUUAAUAAUUAUGUCAAUGUCUUUUCUAUAGUAGAGCACAUAUAUGUGCACUCUUUGAUAAAUUCUCGUGCAUCUGAAAGGAAUUCAAGCAUUUAUGACAUGAAAAUUCUUCUAAGAAAUACAGUGGAUGUUGGCUAAUUCAAAUAUUUUUAAUUCCAGUUGUUCAGUAUUUGAUUUGGUUUCGCUAAAUCCGAAUACAAAACUGAAAUAUUUUUUUUAUUAAUUGCUUUUGUUACUUAAAUUCCCCUACCCGUCUUCUAUGAAUAACUUUGUUUUGUACCUCUUAAUUCUUGAUGACUUUAUUGAAGUACAAGAUUUUAAUCAAAAAGUCACAAAUUUAAAAAAUAAAUUUGAAAAUUUUAGAUGUGAAUUACAUAAAUUUUUCCCUCUAUUAGUUUAAAAUUAUUAUUUUUUAAAAUUUGUGUUAUAAUUAUUAUCAUUAAUUAUUAAAAACAUAUAUCUACUACUGUUUUUAAUUUCAAAAUUGUUUUCUUUUUUUGCUGUGCCCAUUUGUUUUUACUCUUAAUUUUUAUCUUGUGAUUCUGUCAGCUUUGAAUUACACAACUUCUAUUGUAUAUAAAUAAAAAGAUUUAUGCUCAUAUCUAUAACUAUGUUCAUUAUUUAAAAAUAUCUUCUCAACUAUUAAUUGCAAAUGCAUGUAAUAAUUGCAAUACUGUACUUGUAAAGAUUUCAACUUUUUAAACCUCUGUCUAAAAAUGUUUUUUAAAAAUACUUAGUCUUGUCUAAUUUUAAUGGAACUGUAUGUGAUGUGACACAUUUAUACUUUAACUAUGUGAGAUGCAUGUAAAAUUUAUUGCUAUUUUUUACACCUGUAAACGUUCUGUAAAUAAGUAAAGAAUCUUAUAAAUCUAUAAAGAAAUAUGUGAAAUGUUGCAUUUUUGUUGUUUUAGUGCUUAAUUUUUUUAGACAAAAUUCUUUACUUGGCACUUGUAUGAAAUAAUCAUUUUAUACAGCACUCUUAAAAUCAGUUAAACAAUAUGCUUCUUUAAAAUUUAUGUGCCUUCUGUGUUGCAUUUGUACAUAGCUGUUUGUUCCCUGUAUUAUGAUGUACAUAAAUGAUAUAAAAAUAUAUAUCAAGCAGCUUUAUUAAUGAAUUUUAAUAAAUGAUUUAA